GAGCCGGGAGCGAAGGCGCGGGGCGAGCGAUGCGCGCGGCCCGCGAGCGCCAGUCGCACACUCGCGCCCUACCAAGCGGGCGUCAAUCGCGUGUCUCCACGCUAUCGCCGCGUCUUACGCAGCCGUAUUCUGAUUGGAAUUGUUAUUUUUUCGGCGGUGUCUGAAUAAAUCGAUGAAUGGCAACGUGAUGUGUGUCGGAUUCGGAACUGUGAGGUGCUGAUUUUGGGCAUUGAGAUCGGGGAUCGGGGGAAAGUGUUUUUCGUAUUGUUUGUGGCAGCGACGGGACGGCCAGCGGCGGGCGGGCGCGCGGCCCGUAGUGGCGGGUCGGUGGAUGGUGCGGCGCGGGCGGGCGCCGGGGCGCGGCCGGCGGCGCCGCUAGCAAAAUGUCGAUACCCCUGGGCCGGGAGACUGUGCUCCCCACGCAGUGCAUGGCGCGAGCUCUAUACGACAAUAUCGCGGAGUCACCAGACGAGCUGGCCUUCCGGCGCGGCGACUUGCUGACCGUCCUCGAGCAAAACACGGGAGGCAGCGAGGGCUGGUGGCUCUGUUCUUUGAGAGGGAGACAGGGAAUAUGUCCGGGCAACCGGCUGCGGAUAGUGGCGGGUGUGUUCGAUGCAAGCGCCAUGCAGCGGCGGCGCGCGCGCACGCCCGCGCCUGUUGCGCACCAGCCGCUGCCGGCGCAGCAGUCGCCGGCGUUUACCAAAAUCGAAGAAUGUUCACAUUACGACGUACCCCGAGCCCCGAUGCCGGUGCAACGGAUCGGGAACUACGACUGCCCGCGUCCGAUCGCCGACUGGUACGACGCGCCAAGGGCUCCCCGGCCCGCCAGUGCCGACUCGGCUUGCAGUGGCACUGGGAGCCUCACUUCUGCCACGUCUAGCGCGUCGGCGAAUUCUGGCAGCUCAGUACAUUCUGCCGCGUCGGCGUCGAGCACGUAUGACGUGCCUCGGUCGCGGGCGCUGCCGCUGCCGUGCGACGCGGCGUUGGAAGCUUUAGAACGAUUACAAGAGGAAGCGUCAGCAGCGGUAUCCCGGCUGCUAUCCUACGUGACGCCGGGCUGGCGGCGGCGGGGGGCGUUACGCGCGCGAGUGUUAGACGUGCGCGUGGCCGGUGCAAGACUCCGCGCCGCGCUACACGACCUAGCCGUGUUCGCUGACGCUACGCUGGCUAACGCGCAUGAUGCGCAAGACAAAGGUAUCGCAGUAAAAUUAAGACCCCUAGUGAAAGCGCUGAAAGACGCCGAGCGCAUAACGCACGAGGCGACGAGCGCGCUAGACGCCGGCGACUGGGCGCCCGAGCGUCUGGAGCGGGACCGAGAGCCCACGGACGGGACGCAAGACGCGCUCGACCAGCUGGUGGCGUGUGCGCGGUCCUUAACAGAGGACGUGAGGAGAGCAGCCUCGUUUAUCAAUGGAAAUGCGUCGUUACUAUUUAGACGAUCAGCAACAGUCCCAGUGCCGGAACACGAGUGGACCGAGGAAUACGACUAUGUGCGGCUAGAAUCGCGCUCGGCUGUGGGACGGCGGAAUGCGGAGAUUCGCGCCGCCUUGCCUGAUAAGCUACGCGCCUCCUUCGACGCGUUGGUUAGAGACGCUGACCAUGCAGGCGAGGUGAGCGCAGUAGCGGCCGCGACCCGUCUUCCACCCGACGACAGACAGCUAGCAGCGUUCUACGCAGCGCAGACCGCGACAUACGGCGCGCAUCUCGCCACCGCGGUUGAGGCGUUUUUGCGGACUAUUGAGAUGGGCCAGCCGCCCGAUGUGUUCCUUGCACACGGGAAGUUUGUGGUCCUGAGCGCGCAUCGGAUAGUGCACGUUGGGGACACAGUACAUAGGAGCGCCCAACACGCAAGUCUAAAGUCCCGAGCGUUACGCUGUUCCGACGCCCUCUCAGACGCGCUCGCAGCGACAGUCGCCAAAACGAAGGCAGCCGCCCAGCAAUUCCCUUGCGCCAGCGCCGUCGCGGAAAUGGCCGAAGCCGCGCGAACGCUCGCGGCCCGCGCUCAGGAUCUCCGUAGAGUACUCGUGCGAGCCGCCGACCCGCCCCCACACCCCGACACCCCCCUAACACCGGCCACAGCCGUCGCCCCCUCGGCCCCCACCACACCCCUCACCCCUCUAACGCCUCACAACAACUCCGGCACACCCUCGCUUGCCGCUCUCCAAAUAUAAAACCGACUCCCGCGUCCCACAGACGCUUUACAUUCCCAAAUCGCACCGAUUCACUUCCAGAUCGGGUCCGGUCUGGAAGAACCCCUUGAUGUUUUAUAACAAGUACAGGGUAACCCAGUCCAGAUAUUCGGCGUUUAUCUGGAAUUAUUCAAAUCGAGAGAAAGUCGUUUUGUGCGCAGGCGCCUUUACAGACGACGUGGACCGUCACCGUAUAGACGUAACGGAGAGGAGAGCACGGCGGGGUGUGGACGGAUUUAUUGAUUGUCACUAUUUAUACGAUAGUUUAUCGAUGUAUUAUAAGGACGACGCUGAAGUGACAAGAGGCUGGUCACGUCAGCGGAGGAUAUAAAUUAACGUAAACUAGGAUGACCACCGGCUAGAUGGCGCGACGAUCAGCGUAGGGUGGCCGAUGACAGACGUGGCGGACCCGAGACCGGGCCCGCGGACGAGUGUGAGCUAAGAGUAAAUUAUUGAGCUGCUUUCGGCAGCACAGGAGCCUUUUCGCUUGAACGCGAUUAGCGCUAUAUUACCAAAGAAAUUUUCAAGAUAGGACGUACAAUACGACAACGUAGACUGCCAACACGAUGACGAAUAACCGAGUUUCUAUUUAGAUUUUAGCAUAAAUAUAUAUUAUGGUAAAUCAAGGCUGCCAUUAGAACAUUUUAUUUUAUUGACGGAACGAUAUUUGCACCUGACUAGAGAAACGAGUUUUUAAUUGCUGGAUGCUCAUUUAGCUGUAGUGAGUUGAGUUGUCCGUCCAGUUUUAUACAAUUUUGCAACAAUAUUGUAACUUUUGUAGCAUGUGUAUGUGAGUUAUAAUGUGCGACAUUAUUUUGUCGAGGGCAAUAGUUGUUUCGAAAGAUAACGAGUUAUUAUUCCGGUAGGAACCACUUGGCGACGCGUCGCAUCGCUUCCAACCUAGUACUUAGUACUUAAUGAGCCGGUAAACUGUUUUUAACUAUGCUGUGAGCAUUUAACGUUAUGGCGCUUGACAAUUUACUGAUAUCUGAAUGUUUGUGAAGAAAUGCUCAGUUUAACAAGACUUUUGUAUUUUCAAGUCACGGACUGUACUUGAAAUUAGGCACAUAAUACAGAGCUGUAUUAAACGUGAUGUGAAUAGACAAGUAUAGUUUGUGGCUCUGGACAAUAAACAUCGAAGUUACAAUAAAUGUUCUAACUAUUAGUAUACAGAAAACGUUCCUUGAAACAGAACCGACAAAAAGGUUUGUACUUCAAAUUCCUGACGAAAUGAUUCCUAAGUCUGUUUACGUGCCAUAGUGUUGUGGAUUGCAUAAAAAGUACAAACGCAAUGCCAAUUAAACUGCAUUGCACCAAUACCGUAACUACUGCAGUGACACCGUCGCAAAACAUAAAUACACCUAUGUAAAACUGAUUUUUACUUUUGGAAUUGAAUUAAUUUUCAGAUUUUAAUUCAAUUCGACGGUCGCAAAACGCAAAACCGUGGCUCGUAAGGACUAAACUAACGCAAUAUUUAUUGAAACAAUUUACUUGACUGACUCAACCGUUAGCUAUUAUGCUCAAUUAUUGUACUAAAUUAUUUUAAAGCUCAUCUUUUAUAUACUUACUUGUGGCUUGUCUUUACUUAACGUUUAUCUACUACUUACUAGCGUUAUUGUAUGUAUGUACGUACGUACCUACAUUUUGUACUUAUACAUGGCGUAAGUAGAUAAAUGUAGGAUAUGAUAUCAAUGUAAAAACAUGUUGUAUAUUAGUGAUGUGUAAUAUAUUUCAUAGACGUUGUAGUUUAGUUAGGUAUAGAGAAAUUGUACAAAUGCA